AUGACUCUUAAGCACUCCGCUCUCGUUGCCCUGGCUGCUGCCAUGGGUGCCCAGGCUCAGGUCUUCACUGUCAACUGUGCUCCUUUGACUCAGUUCCGAGGUGACCCUAUUGUGUCUCCUGGUGUUCUGUCUUCUCACGUCCACGCUAUCGUCGGUGGCACUGCUUUCUCUCUCUCCGUCACCCCUGCCCAGGCACGAGCUGCCACAGCCACCACCUGUGACAAGAUCCUCGACAACAGCAACUACUGGCAGCCCCAGCUUUACCACCAGCGCCACGAUGGUCAAUUCGAGCUUGUCACUUUCCAGGGCAGUGCUACCUACUACAUCGCUCGUGCUUGCGACUAUGCUCCUGGCCGACAGAACUGCAACGGAGCUCCUCUCCCCAUUGCUCCUCCCGCUGGCCUUAAGAUGCUUGUUGGUGACUUGAACCGACGCACUUUCAACGCCUCCAGCUUCGAGGACCGUGCCAUUCAGCACGUCUGCCUCGACACUCAGCCGGUGCCCGACACCAACGGCUUCCCUACCCGCCAGUGCCAGCGCAUCCGUUCUGAGACCUUCUUCCAGUCCUGCUGGGACGGUGUCAACCUGGACAGUGCCAACCACAAGGACCACGUUGCCUUCCCUGCUAUUGGUGACUACAACACCGGUGUGUGCCCGCAGUCGCACCCCAAGGCCAUCCUCUCGGUCUUCUACGAGUUCUUCUACGACACUGGCUCAGUCCAGAACUUCAACCGAUUCGUCUACGCCACUGGUGAUGCCACCGGCUACUCCCUGCACGCCGAUUACUUCCAGGGCUGGAAGGACCAGAACGCUCUCAACAACGCCAUCACCACCUGCACUGGCCCCAACGGUGUCCUUGACCGCGGCUGCAGCUUGAACGUCGGCCCCAACGGAACUCCCGGCCAGUCCAGCACCCAGAAGCUCCAGACUCCCGCUCCUUCUGAGAACAUUGGCCUCAACGGUCCUCUUGCUGCUCUCCCUGGCAACAACCCCAUCCACUAA